ACUUCCGCAAAUAGAGCGUCCCACUUCCGGUAUUUAGAUAACCAUAACAAACAUGGCGACUUACAGGCAGGUUGGCAGGUUGUUGGGCAUUUCAGCAAGGCUUUCGCGUCCUAUUUCAGUCAGUGGAUAUCAGUGUGCCCAAUUACACUGGCCUUCACAUAACACAGCAGUCCCAAACAGAUGGCCUCAAAACCCCCAUUGGGUUAUUCCUGGAAGGACCAUGUUUGUGCAGACGCAGGACACACCAAAUCCAAACAGUCUAAAGUUUCUGCCCGGCCGUACAGUUCUUGAAUCAGGGACUAUGAAUUUUGCCGGCCCUCGAGAUGCUCACUGCUCACCUUUAGCCAGACAGUUGUUUAGGAUUGAGGGAGUCAAGAGUGUCUUCCUGGGCCCCGACUUUAUCACCAUAUCAAGGUCUGAUGAAAAUAUGGAAUGGAAAGUUAUCAAGCCCGAUGUAUUUGCUGCUAUCAUGGACUUUUUCACUUCUGGACUUCCUGUGGUCAAUGAGGACAGCACGCCUAGUGCAGAUACAGCACCGUCAGAUGAUGACGACGAAGUAGUCGCUAUGAUCAAAGAACUGCUGGAUACUCGAAUAAGGCCAACAGUGCAGGAGGAUGGAGGUGAUAUUGUGUAUAGGGGGUUUGAGGACGGUGUUGUGAAACUGAAGCUGCAGGGCUCCUGCACCAGCUGUCCCAGCUCCAUGGUUACUUUGAAAAGUGGAAUUCAAAACAUGCUGCAGUUUUACGUCCCCGAAGUUGAAUCAGUGGAGCAGGUGAAAGAUGAGGAUGAGGAGGAGGCUGCUCAAGUUUGAACUGCACUCAAACAACAUUCCUCCGUCCCCUGGCCACCUCCUUUAACACAAGCCAUAGUUGCAAGAAAAUAAGCUGGUGUACAGUAUAGCAUAGCUGUCAUCAUCAUUCAUAGAGAUGUUAUUGAUUUUGCUGGCUGUUUUCUGUACCGUGAUUAUAAAAGAAGAAGAAGAAGUUGGACAGUAGAGCACCGGUCAUAGGAACUACUGGCUGUACAGCUGAAAUAGAUUAUAUUUGUUAUUUUGCAUUGUUACACCUUUUUGAAUCAGUCACUAGUCAAAACAGCCUUAAGGCUUAAAAUACAUAUACUGUAUGUGUAUAAAUAAAGUUUGUUGGAAUAUUUUAUUACAGUUGUGCCUAUAUAUAAUCUGUGUAACCGCUCUUAAAAGAAAUGAAGAUGGCAGUCUGAGAUCUGAGAUGUUUUUAUUAGAGCAUGAUCAACUGGACUGAUAGAUUGUAAGGUGUCAUAUAUCAGAUAUACAUUUUUCUAAACAUGAGCAUCAAGGUUUAAGCCUCUUAAAAAUCUGAAAAUAUUGGUAAUGUUGACGUACAUAAUCUCUUAUUUACAAAUAUCUAAAGAA